AUGGCCAAAGUUUGGAGUGAACAGAUACCAAAUGCGCCUGUAGAACCAACUAGCAAAACUACCACAACCUCAAUCUUCCUCAAGGGUACUCUUAUUUGUCUGACAAUCUGGUUGUUCGCUAGUGCCCCGUCUCGCGCACCGCAAUGGGACGUCACAUCCGGCAAGCAUCAUCCAUUGGCACCGAAAUGCGUCCAAGUAGAGCCGCUGUUUCCAUCACGCAGAUCAAAAGAGUUGGAUAACAUGGAAAGUUAUCUUACAUCAAAUGACUUCCGCGACGUGGCGAUUGGACGGCUUACCGGCGCGGUAAAGAUACCGACGCAAAGUUAUGAUGACAUGGGUGCUAUCGGAGAAGAUGCUCGAUGGGAUAUUUUCUAUUCGUUUGCAGAUUACUUGGAGAAGACGUAUCCGCUUGUUCAUGCGACACUGCAGAAAGAGAAUGUCAAUACGCAUGGAUUGCUGUUCACGUGGGCUGGAACGGAUCCCGCGUUGAAGCCGAAUUUGUUGAUGGCACAUCAGGAUGUAGUACCUGUGCCUGAAAGCACUGUUAAGCAAUGGACACACCCGCCUUUCUCCGGCCACUACGACGGCAAGUUUGUCUGGGGCCGCGGAGCAAGCGACUGCAAAAACCAGUUCCUCGCCAUUCUCAACGCAGUCGAGGCCCUAAUCGCGGCAGACUUCACUCCGCGCCGCACCCUAAUUCUCUCCUUUGGAUUUGAUGAAGAAAUCUCCGGUGGCCAGGGCGCAAAGCAUCUUUCAGCUCAUUUGCUUUCUAAACUCGGACACAACUCCAUCGCUGCCAUUAUCGAUGAAGGUGCCGUCAAUACUGAGAGCUGGGGCGCCAACUUUGCUCUCCCUGGAGUCGCGGAGAAGGGCUAUGUCGAUGUCGACAUCGUGGUGCGUAUGCCUGGUGGCCACAGCAGUAUACCGCCUCAGCAUAACAGCAUCGGUGUGGCGAGUGAACUCAUCACACUGAUUGAGAAGAACACAUAUGAGCCUGUUCUUGAUGAAACGAAUCCUUAUCUUGGACUUCUCCAAUGCGGCGCAGAACACGCGCCCGACUUUCCGCACAAGCUAGGAAAGCUGCUGGAUAAGCGCUCAGCGCACACACACACCUGUUCCAAGAAGCCCCGCAAAGAUGACCUAGCCCUCGAAGCAGCGAAAGCCGGACUAGAAGUAAAGUAUCUUUUCACAACCUCUGUGGCUGUAGACAUUAUCCAUGGCGGCGUGAAGAACAACGCACUGCCCGAACGCACCGCGGUCACGGUAAACCACCGUAUCAACGUCGGCUCCAGCUCCUCUGCCAUCAAAGCUCACAUCUCGCAUCUCGCAGGCCAAAUCGCACAGAAAUACAAUCUCACACUGCACGCCUUCAACGGCACAGAAACACCAAACUCAAUCACUCUCUCCCAUUCAGACACCCUCUUGGAACCUGCUCCGAUCACUCCAACAACCCUUUCCUCUUCCUCACGCACUACGAAUAAGACGACAUCUCCCUAUGUCGUGCUCGCCGGUACUACUCGCGCCCUGUAUGGUACUGAACUCCUUGUUGCCCCUGGCAUCAUGACUGGCAAUACAGAUACGCGGUAUUACUGGGACUUGAGCGAGCAUAUUUUUAGGUAUGGGCCUGGGUGGGAUAGGGAGCAAGUGGGGAUGGGGAAUAUACAUACGGUGGAUGAGAAGGUUGGGGUGAGGGCGCAUGUGGAUACUGUGAGGUGGAUGGUAAGCUGGAUCAGGAAUGUGGACGAGGCGGAUUUUUAA